AUGGAAUUUCUCGGGGGUCCCGGGGGAAUCUCGGGGCGGGCCGGGGACGCCGGGGGGCGUGGCCCGGGAAGGGGCGUGACCAAGGCGGGGUGGGGUGCGCGUGCGUCCGGGAGGCGCAGGGGCGGGGCCUCAUUUCCAUGGCAACAGGGGCGGGGCCUCGGGGCUGCCGGGAGCCGCCGUGCGGACCUCCCCGCAGGCAUGGAGGGGUGUGGGGAGGAGGCACCGGAGCCGGAGGUGUCAGAACCAUCGGAGGAGGAGGAGGAGGAGGAGGAGGAUGAAGGCUCCGGGGUGCGGGUGACGCCGGCGCUGCUGAAGGCCACCACGGGCGAGUUCUCGCUGGAGUCCAUCCUGCUGCUGCGGCUGCGCGGCCGCGGCAUCGCCCACCUGGGCUGCCUGGCUGACUGCUCCAACCUCGAGUGGCUGGACCUGUCCGGCAACGCCAUCGCGGGGCUGGCGCCGCUGGCCACGCUGCGCGCCCUGGCCGUGCUCAACCUGGCCGGCAACCGCGUGGCCAGCGUGGAGCCGCUGCGGGGCUGCCGCAGCCUGCGCCAGCUCAACCUGGCCGGGAACCGCCUGCGCAGCCUGCGCCAGCUGCGCUGCCUGCAGGGCCUGCGGCACCUGGAGAGCCUGCGGCUGCGGGACCCGCUGGGCAACCUGGGCAACCCUCUGUGCGCCAUCCCGGCCUACCGCGCCGCACUGGCCGCCAUGCUGCCCGGCCUCAAGGCCAUCGACGGGCAGCGCGUGGCCGGCCGCGGCAGCGAGCUCUUCCGCCUGUGCCGCGAGCUGGACGCGGCGCUGGACGGCAACGCCGCGCCUGCUGCGCCCUCCGAGCCGCCGCAGCCGUGGGUGCAGGCCGGCUUCUGGGAGCCGCGGCCCGCUCGCCGCAGCGCCGUCCUGGAGGAGGCCACGCGGCAGCUGGGCCAGGCCCUGCGCGAGUGCCGCGAGCUCGGCCGCCGUGCCGACGACUCCAUCGCCCAGGCCCGGCGCGCGCUCGGCCGCCGCCACCACGGCAACUUUGGCUUCUGA